AUGAAGAGUCUAACAAUCCUGUUGGUUUGUGGCCUUUGCGCAGUCGAUGGAUGGGCUCAGCUGUGUGCUCCUCAGCCUGGAGCUGAAAAUUUGGCAGGAUAUGGUAUAGUCACUCAGAGUUCUGGCUAUGGCAGUGGUGGGGCUAUACGAGCUAUCGAUGGGAAUUAUGACACAAACUACCACAACCAUCCCUGCAGUCACACAAAUAAUGACUACGAACCUUGGUGGAAACUGGAUCUGAGAAUGAGAGCAACCAUUGAUUUAAUCGUCAUAACGAACCGUCAGGAUUGCUGCGCAGAGCGUUUGAGAGGAGCCCAGGUUAAAGUCGGAGAUUCUCCUGAUGGCAACAACCCAGUAUGUGGCACAAUCACAGACGUAUCGCAAGCCAGACUCGCCAUUCCCUGCAAAGAUGUGGAGGGUCGCUACAUCACUGUGACCAUCCCCGGCCGUGCUGAGUAUCUAACACUGUGUGAAGUGGAGGUUUAUGGGCAUUUCAUCGAAACAGAGCAUGAGUUAACCUGUUAGUCAUGGCCGGUCUUUCCUGCCAUUACAGAAAACGCGUUGGCUUCAGCUUAAUAAUUACAUAAACGAUCAUGUUUCUGCUUAUGCAACUAUGUAGCUUUUAAUGUCCCACAAAGCACAGAGACCUUCCUGGUAAAUGAUUGGCUGUGGCUGUUCACUCUUGCAGUCUUACAAAAUGGCGACCGGGACUGAUAUAUGCUAUGCAUUCCAAUCCACGUACUUUCUAAUCAUAUUCUCAGAGAUAACAAUGAAACUAAAUAUGUCACCAGUACUCAUAAGUAGUAAUAGCCCAGUAGUAGCUCAGUAGUAGCCCAGUAGUAGCCCAGUAGUAGCCCAGUAAUGGCUCAUUAAUUGCCCAGUAAUAGUCCAGUAAUGACCUAGUAAUGGCCCAGUAAUAGUCCAGUAAUGACCCAGUAAUGGCCCAGUAAUGGCCCAGU